AUGGCACUCUUAAAAGAAUGCUUGAGCUGCUCAAUCUUCAAAUGGUCCGGAAAGUACUACGCUCAAAUAAAAGGGUUGGCAAUGGGACAACGACUGGCACCAAGUCUCGCCAUUGCGUUUAUGUCUAAGGUGGAAGCACCGAUGAUUGAUCUCGGGCCGCUACUCUACUGUAGUUGUGGUGCACGAAAGCUAUAUCUGACUGCUAUCGCAACGGAUGGCACAACUCGCUUCUCUCCUGAGAAAUUUCCUCCUCUGUACAUGGUUACUCAGUUGCACCAGAAUUGCUCAAUUUACGCACUUUUACAUGCCAUUGUUGUUGAGCGCAUUUUCUUCUGCAGCACGAGCGGAUCAGUCGUCAAGUAUCUGAAUGGUGAUUUUCAACAAUAUGUCCGAUGUCUUCCGACUGCAUUGUUCUUCUGA